CUAUUUUUGUCUUAAACCUAACUUUUUUUUUUUAUGUAUUUAUUCUUAAUGAGUAUGGGCAUUUAUUAAAAUUGGCUGAUGUCUAGAAUAGUUCUUCAAAAAAAUUCAUUGAUUAAGUUAUUAAUAUAUCAAACCAAACCUGUUCUCAAUGCUCCCGGCCCCAUGAACGACAUGUCGUUCUAGAAUAAAAAAGACAUUUUUUUUAAACAUCAAAGCCUGGGAAUUUCUUACAAAGGAACCAUUUUUACUUGUCCAAAAAGCUCACCUGCCUAAGCUUGAUAUGAUUAAUCCUCCCCAUUGAUAAAAAGAAGACAGAAGAAAUUUGGUUGAAAUUAUAAUAAAUCAUAUCCUUUUUUUUAACCAGGAAAAAAAAAAAGAAAAAAGAAAGAAAGAAAGAGAAAACUUGGCAGUGAGGUUAGGAUUAAAAAAUCCAAGGCAGGAGAGGAGAGAGACAGGAGGAGUUCAGUUCUGGGGGUUUGACUUGUGAAUUGGAAGAUCUGCUUUGGUACUCCUUUUAUUCGUCCUCUUGUCUGGAGCCAGAAAAGACGGCCAUCAUCAUAGAACUCACAACCCCAUCAAUCGUUCCAUAUAUAAACAUACCUCAAAAUCUAUUUUCUUUUUCCUUUCUAGAAGAUUCUUACCAAUUACGAACUCAGAUUUAAUCUCAGUAAGUCACUACUUUUACUCUGAACUCCUCUCUCUUUCUAUCUAUUUCUAUGUAUAAGCGUUUUUGUUUUUAUGUUGUUCUUGAUGAUGUUGGAUCACUGACCUUUUUCAACUCUAACUUUUCUUCAUUCUGAACCCUCUUUUUUUCUCUUAAAAUUCUACAAGUUUCAGUCUUUUCCUUUUGCCCAGAUCAGUUCUUUUUUACUUCUAAGCUUUAUUUGAAGAAAACCCAGAUCAAAUAUUUGACUUUAAGCUUAUUCUAACAAAACCCAGAUCAUAUUUCUUUCUCGAGCUUUUACUAGCUACCUCUAGUUUCUCUAAUCAUGUGAUUAGUUUGCGAGAUGAGGCUUAGAUUCAAGAUAUGGGUUGUGUGUUUGGGCGAGAGGUAUCAUCAAGAACAGUGUCCGAGUCCAAGAGGGAGAGUAGGGAUUCGAGUGUAGCAUCCACAACAAGGAAAGUAGAUGAGGUUUCGAUAGGGAAGGUAGAAGAAAACAAUGUUGUUGAGGCUCAUGAGGAGGGGACCACAACUGAAACCCAGAGCCAGAAGGAGAAAAAGGGUGAUGGAGGAGGAGAUCAGAGGCCACCCAAAGAGGGAAGAAGAAGGUCGAAGCCCAAUCAAAGGUUGAGUAAUCUGCCCAAGCAUGGUCGAGGAGAGCAGGUGGCAGCUGGCUGGCCAGUCUGGCUCACCGACGCAUGUGGGGAAGCUCUCGAUGGUUGGAUUCCAAGGAGGGCUGACACGUUUGAGAAGAUUGAUAAGAUUGGAUCAGGUACAUACAGUAAUGUUUACAAAGCUAAAGAUAUGUUGACGGGUAAAAUUGUUGCUCUAAAGAAGGUUAGAUUUGACAAUCUGGAGCCUGAGAGUGUGAAGUUUAUGGCUAGAGAAAUUCUAAUUUUGCGGAGAUUGAAUCAUCCUAAUGUUGUAAAGCUGGAGGGUUUGGUUACGUCGAGGAUGUCGUGUAGUUUGUAUCUGGUCUUUGAGUACAUGGAGCAUGAUCUUGCUGGACUUGUUGCAAGCCCAGAUAUCAAAUUCACAGAGCCCCAGGUCAAAUGCUACAUGCAUCAACUACUAUCUGGGCUUGAGCACUGUCACAACCGUGGUGUUCUUCAUCGUGACAUAAAAGGAUCAAAUCUUCUAAUUGACAAUGAAGGGGUACUUAGGAUUGCUGAUUUUGGAUUGGCAUCUUUCUUCGAUCCAAACCACAAGCAUCCCAUGACUAGUCGAGUAGUGACUCUAUGGUAUCGACCUCCAGAACUUCUUCUUGGGGCUACUGAUUAUGGCGUGGGUGUGGACCUGUGGAGUGCAGGCUGCAUUUUGGCUGAAUUAUUGGCUGGGAAGCCCAUAAUGCCUGGUCGUACAGAGGUGGAGCAACUACAUAAGAUAUACAAACUAUGCGGCUCACCAUCUGAUGAUUAUUGGAGAAAAGCAAGGUUGCCAAAUGCUACCUUGUUUAAGCCUCGAGAGCCUUACCGGAGAUGUAUAAAAGAAACAUUCAAAGAUUUCCCACCAUCUUCACUGCCCCUUAUUGAUUCUCUUCUUGCAAUUGAUCCAGCUGAACGUAAGACAGCUACAGAUGCUUUACGUAGUGAGUUCUUCAUGACAGAACCAUAUGCUUGUGAACCUUCUAGCCUCCCAAAGUAUCCUCCAACCAAGGAGAUAGAUGCUAAGCGUCGAGAUGAUGAAGCUCGGAGACAAAGAGCUGCUAGUAAAAACCAGCCUGAAAUUGCAAAGAAACCACGCAUUCGGGAGCGUUCUGUUAGAGCUAUGCCUGCUCCAGAAGCCAAUGCUGAGCUUCAAGCUAAUAUUGAUCGACGACGUCUAAUCACACAUGCAAAUGCAAAGAGCAAAAGUGAGAAAUUUCCUCCACCACACCAAGAUGGGGCAGUUGGCUUUCCCGUGGGAUCUUCACAUCAUAUUGAUCCUUCUGCUGUUCCUACUGACGUACCUUUCAGUUCAACCUCAUUCACUUACCAGAAAGGACCAACACAAACUUGGUCAGGUCCAUUGGUAGACUCAACCGGGGCUGGUGCUACAAGGAGGAAGAAGCAUGCUGCAGGUGAUGGACGAGAUACUUCAAAAUCUCAGUCUUCCCAUAGAGAUAGACACGAAGAUGCUCGAGUUAAAGGAAAGAGGAGUGUGGCUUAGACUUUCACACUGCAUACAAUCAAAAUCAUUGCAUUGGUCUGUUGGGUGCCUCUCUGCUGUCUGCUGAUAUAAACUUUGGGAGUGGCAGCAGGCUAUUCAGGGCAAGUGAAUAAGCAAAUCAUCACAGCUUCUCACAGGAUAGUGUAACUGUAAUGUUUGGUAAAGAAAAAAAAAAAGAAUGAAAGAAAGAAAGGUUCAGGGAUAAAAGCAACCAAUUUUUAUUUUUAUUUUUAUUUUUUAUAAUACCCCAUUUUCAUUUUUCUCUCCUUUUCUUUUCCCCUUCCCUAUCUCAAAGAAAAUUAUUUUUGUUGAAUUUGUUGGAUGGUAAGACACUGCCUCUAUUAUGUAUAUCUUGAUUCUUUCUCUGGAGAUUGUGGUGUUGAAAAUUGGGACACUUCGUUAAAUAGUGAAGAGAUCUAAUAUAUGCUCGAGAGCCUCUUUUUAUGUCUCA